GUGAUGCCAUCUGAGAUACCUUCCUUUUAGGAAAGGAAGGUUUCGUAACUGGAGUGUCUCAGGCAAAGGAUAGUUUGGACAAAAAUUUAUUACCGGCUGGGCGGCCUGGUCGGUCGGACGCGAUAAUAUUAAGAUUAAGAUGUCAGAGAAACGAGCUGGAAAUAUAACCGCUGGACAGAAAGAAAUGCUAUUAGAGUAUUUAAGUGUCCAUCCAGAAUUAAUAUCAGCAAAGUUUACAUCGAAAUUUUCGUAUAAAGAUGCUCAAAUAUUAUGGAAUGAAAUUACUCAUAAAUUAAAUGCCCUUCCUGGUGCUAAAAAGACUUGGUAUCAAUGGCGAAAGGCUUGGCAUGAUAUGAAAACUAAAGUGAAAGGGAAGAAAACCAAUAUUAACAAAAACUUAAAAAAAACUGGAGGAGGUCCACAGUCAGAAAGCAGUAUGACAUCAAUAGAUAAUAAUGUAACAAGGAAUAAAUCUCAACAAUUUGAUAAAACUCUACCAUAUAAAAAAUAUCUAAGUGGAAAUAUACAAAGUGAUUUAGAGCUACAGAAGCAAUAUUAUCACAAAAAAAUUCAACUUAUGGAACGUGAUGUUAUUGCAAAAGAGCGAAUUGCUGCAGCUAUUGAAAGAUUUUGUGCAAUAAGUAAUCAGACGGAUAAUUUGAAUUACGAAGAAGUAGAAUAUUUGGAUGAGAUAAAAAGUUCUUAAUUUGUAUUACUUUUAUUAGUGCAAAAGCUGUGCCAUACUGGUUCACUUUUUCGUAUAAUAUUUGGUGCAUAGUAAGAAAUAGUAAGUUUUGUUCAUAAAGUUUCAUUAUAUUGAUUAAUAUAAGUGUAAUCUUUUAAGUUUUUUUUAUUCUUUUCCUAAACAAAUCAGUAUUACUAUAUUUUACAUGCAUUAUUUUACAUUUCUCUCAUUACAUUAACAUCUUUCAUUACUUAUUAUUAUAAGACACAUUUUUAAAUAUAAAUAUACAGAGUCUUCCAAAAGUGUAGAAAACUCUUAAUAUUUCGUUGUAUUUAUUUAUCUGUAUAUAUAUGUGCGACAACGUUUUGACAAAAUCUUUAUUAUUGUAUAGAAGUUGGUGGUUAUUUCCAACAUUUACUAUGUUGAUAUAUAAAUUGCUAGUUUAGUAUUGUUUCAUUGGAGUACAUGAUUUUCUCAUAAAUGUUAUGUGCAUUAUUACUUUCUAUUACAUUAAAUUUUAUUUUUUGUUUAUAAUUUAACAAACGGUAAGUAACAAUUAUAUAUUUGGUUCUUUUCAUUUUUUAUAUUUGUUUUAAUUUGGCGUUUCUAGGAUCUUUAGAUGAUGAAUUAUUACAGAAUAAUGCUACACAUCCACUUAUUUUCAUAAUUUUUUAUUUAUUGAUUUGUUAUAAUUACUCGGGAAAUAAUGAUUAAAAUUAAAAAAAUAAAAACCUAUUGUAAAGCGAAUUAAUCGCUCUUUCAAAUGGUAUAUUGCUAGAGCCCUUGUCAUUUAAAAUUUUUAUGGUAAAAUGAGCUCCUCAUAUAGGGUUGAAGUUUGGCAUAUGGAAAUCGCCAAUUAACAUAUCUCCCUUGAAACUAAAGUUGACGUGUCCGAGCAUUUUUUAAAUAAAUUAGUUAAAUGCCAAAAAUCAUGUUUGUUUCGUUUUCAGUGGGCCACCCUGUAUAAGGGAUUUUCACACUUUUGGAAGACCUUGUAUAUUUUAAUAUUACAUAUAGUUAUUUUUUGACUUUUUUUAACUAUAUCCAAAUAGCACAAGACAAUCCUAUGAAUUUUAAGAAUAUUCUUCAAGAAUAUUUGGAAUAUUCUAUAGGACAUUCGUAUAUAUUCAUUGUGUAUUCGUAGAACAUUCGAAUGGCACUAAUUUAAAUAUUCUCAGAAUCUGAAUAGAAUAAUCUACCGAAUAUUCUAUAUAUUAAGUUAUGAAUAUUUAUAGAAGAUACCGAAAAAAUAUAAACAGAACGUUUAUAUUUAUAAAAAUAUAAACAUUUCUCUCUU